AUGUGGCAGGUAGAUGCCACUUCUAUUGUAGCCAGUCCCCCUCAAACCAAGCCACCGGACAUAAGCGUGGCCAGCAGCGGCAUAAAUAUGGACAAACCCUCGGUCACUCAGUUUAAAGCCCGGCGCUCAUUGCGGUCACAGAAACCUCCCUCUUCAUAUGACAGUAGUUCUGCUGGAAGCUCUUCAUCCCAGACUUCCACCACGACUAUGAAUUAUCCCCCGUUCGACUCCCUCAGCGGGGUGCGCAAGCGCACCUUGUCUUCUACGUUUAACGAUGAUGAUCCCAUCUACGGCGGCGGCAAUAAACGCCUUCGAAGAGAUUCAAGCUUUGCUGGCAGCGCCAGCUUUGAUGUCUCAAUGGCAUCGAUUUCUUCGGCGAGCAUGUCUACGAUCACGUCCGAUUUACGGCGCUUUCCUCGAAGCCAAGGAUUGCGCAGAACCUCUUCAGCGAGCUUUCUGUCGUCUCGCAGCAGCUCAAGGAGCGUCACGCCUGCGUAUUACGAAGCCGAGGACAGAUUCACAAUGCCCGCACGCAUCAGUUCUCCCUUCCUUGGGCUGGACCCUCCGAGUCGGGCAGCAACGCCAGUCGUGUCCGCUUACACAACUAAUUACAUAUACUCUGCGAUAUCAGCAAAACACUUCUUCCGGGAAACGAGGACGACCAUCGACUACACGCCCCCAGAUCCCCCUACUGAAGGUCCGAUUACCUCACCACCUAUGCUCUGGUCCGCCGACAACCUUCUCUUUUUCCCCCGAGGAAGCCGCAUGCACUACAAGAACAUGUCAGCUGCCGAAGACUCGGAGGUAUUCCAGUUGUGCAGACUGCAAGAAAAAUCGGGCCAGUUUACCGCGCUGGAAUGCCGCCCUGACGUGCCUAACAUGCUGGCUGUUGGCACAUCCGGAGGCACCGUACAGCUGUGGGAUAUCAGCACGAAGACGAAGACGCUGCAAUUCUCGACCAAGGGCGUAACGGCUAUGAGUUGGAACGGCGCGAUCCUUAGUGUCGGAAACAAGAAAGGUGGCAUACGUCACUUUGACACACGCAUCAAUCCUUCGACGAAAAUGAAGGAACAAGCUAAGAGGGUGACAAGGCAUCAGGCCUAUAUCUCAACCCUUGCCUGGAACGUCGAUGGACGACUUCUUGCUAGCGGCGAUUCGAACGGGACCGUAUAUUGCUGGGAUGCCCGGGGCCGUACUCCCCUUGAUACUGGCGAGUUCGUCCAGCGACGAAAGAAAAUACAGCACGACGGACCGAUCACGGCUCUGACUUGGUGUCCAUGGAAGCCCAAGUUGCUCGUCACUGGCGAUUCCUCGUCGAAGGGCAAGAACUUAAUACGCCUGUGGGACGUCUCACUCCCUCCACCGGGAAGUAACCCUCUCGUCACUCAUCCCGAUCCGGUAUGCAAUGCCGCCAAGCCCGGAAGAAUCGAAAUGGACGCGCAAAUCACUGGGCUUUAUUUCUCUAUCGAAUGCCAGGAGCUCCUGAGUACCCAUGGUCCAGGCUCGGACGAAGUGAUUGCUCGUACAUCGGGCGUUCAGGCUGAUCGCCCCAUGCCCCGGGGCCUCACCGGCAAUACCAUCUCCGUCCAUUCUCUGCCAAUGCUCCGCCACAUCAUCACGGAGCCCAUCGCCAUAGGAAUCAAAGGCGUCUCGGGGGGUUGCCUGAAUCCUACUGGCAUGAAGAUGGCGUUCUCCCUCCCGAGCGAAAAGAAAAUCAAGGUGUACGAUGUCUGGGGAAAGCGCAAGGAAAUAAAAAAGACGCCGAGUUUCGCGAAGUUAAUUCGGUAA